UGCCCGGGCGGCAGGAAGAGAAGCCUCGAGCCCAGCCCCGCGGCGGCGCGCAGAGCUCGCGAGACUCGCGGGCCUCUAAAGGGGCAGCGGCGCUCACCUGUCGCGGCCGGAGCGGCGCCGUCCGAGGCGUCUUUGCCGGACUGUGGCCCGGCUUUGUGGGACGCCGGCCGCGCUUGUUGGCUUCAGGCUUUAAGCACAACAUGGAUGAAGCUCAGCUGCGCCCCCAUCCGGAAAAGGAAGUUGGCUUUGGGAGAGUGAAGGAGGAAGAUGUCAAAUGGGAGCAGACAUGCAGCUCCCAGGAGACCGGCACCCAUACCCCAGAGCUUUGCCGCCUGUGCUUCCGACAGUUCUGCUAUCAGGAGGUAGAAGGGCCCCGUGAGGCCCUGGCCCAACUCCGACAACUUUGCCAUCGCUGGCUGCGGCCAGACACCCACACCAAGGAACAGAUCCUGGAGCUGCUGGUGCUGGAGCAGUUCCUCAGCAUCCUGCCCGGGGAGCUGCAGGCCCGGGUGCCCACUUACCCGCUGCAGAGUGGGGACGAGGUGGUGACUGUGCUGGAGAGUCUCAAGAUGCCAGACACGGGAGACAUGAAACAGCAGACAUCACUGAAGACUGAAAAUGAAGCAUCCCAGGGCAUUGUCCCAGAGGAGUGGCCACAAAUAAGUCUGGCCCAGAGGAACCUGUGUGAGCUCAGCUGAGAAGGUUCCAUGCCUCUGCCUGUAUGUAAGAAGACUCAGCUGGUCCUGUCUUUGCUCACAUUUUCCCAUCUUUAA